CGUCAUCAAAGUCGCAGUAGCCCAAGGACUCUGUGGUUGUUCCGAGCUCCGCGAAGCCAACUCUCGCGCCUCAAGAUUCCCAUUUUUCUUCUUCCGAAAAACCAGAAACCAGACAGAAACCCUAGACUUUCCAAAUCCCGUCCCCGAAAAUCUCCCCCAUUAUCUUCCCAUUCUACCCCUUAUCCUUCUUCCCAAACUACCCUCUCGAAGGGUACGAAAACCUCCUCCACCGAUUCAUGCUCCCUCUCGUCGGAAGAUGAUUUUUUCUAGACUCGGUCGUUCUCUCUCACGCUCCGCUCGUUCAAGAUUCGAAUCCAACGUUUUUUCGGGCAGUUUCGGUGCAAGAUCUGCGUAUUUGAAUGAAUCGAUCCUGCGAUCGCAGCAUGCUCACGGCGGCGAUGUUGGAUUAGGGUUUCUGAGGCGUUAUUUGUCUGCGUCUGGGGUUGAGAAGGGUUUCCUCGUUCCGAAGAAAUACGUUUUGUCGGAUUUGAACGCUGUUCUUGCGAACCCGAGAAUUCGGCGGUUUUUCUCCAGUGAAGCUCCAAAGAAGAAAAAUUAUGAGAAUUUCUAUCCCAAGGAGAAGAAGGAGAUACCAAAAGGGAAUGAGCACAAGUCGGAAUCAAAAGAGAAAUCUAGCACAGAUGAUCAUGGAAAUUUUCAGGAAAAUUUCGUGAAGCAGUUGCAAAAUUAUCUCACACCCCUACUUUUGAUUGGAUUGGUACUUUCAUCUUUCUCCUUUGGUCCUCGAGAUCAAAAACAGAUUAGUUUCCAGGAGUUCAAAAACAAGCUUCUGGAACCUGGUUUAGUAGAUCACAUUGUUGUUUCCAAUAAAUCUGUUGCAAAAGUGUUUGUCAGGAAUUCCCCACAAAUUGGCAAUCAAACCAAGGAUGAUGACAUCCAAGUACCAACAGCUGGCACACCUGCCAGAGGAAUUGCCAGCCAGUACAGGUUUUAUUUUAAUAUUGGAAGUGUUGAUUCAUUUGAAGAGAAGUUGGAGGAAGCUCAGGAAGCAUUAGGAAUAGACUCCCAUGAUUAUGUUCCUGUAACUUAUGUCUCUGAAGUGAUUUGGUACCAAGAAUUAUUGAGGUUUGUUCCAACUGCCCUCAUUCUAGGAUCUCUCUGGUACAUGGGGCGAAGGAUGCAAGGUGGGUUUGGCAUUGGUGGUAGUGGAGGAAAGGGUGGCCGGGGAAUAUUUAAUAUUGGAAAAGCUCAGGUGACAAAAUUGGAUAAGAAUGCCAAAAACAAGGUAUUUUUCAAAGAUGUGGCUGGCUGUGAUGAGGCAAAGCAAGAAAUAAUGGAAUUUGUACAUUUCCUCAAGAAUCCAAAGAAAUACGAGGAUCUGGGAGCAAAAAUUCCAAAAGGUGCUCUCCUUGUAGGCCCUCCUGGCACAGGAAAGACACUUCUUGCAAAAGCAACUGCCGGCGAAUCUGGUGUGCCCUUUUUGUCAAUUUCUGGUUCAGAUUUCAUGGAAAUGUUCGUUGGGGUUGGACCAUCCAGGGUGAGGAGCUUGUUUUCAGAAGCUAGACAGUGUGCACCUAGUAUAAUUUUCAUUGACGAAAUUGACGCAAUUGGUCGAGCAAGGGGACGUGGUGGCUUCACAGGUGCCAAUGAUGAGCGUGAAAGUACUCUUAAUCAGCUGCUUGUAGAAAUGGAUGGAUUUGGAACUACUGCCGGGGUGGUUGUCCUUGCUGGCACCAACAGACCUGACAUUCUAGACAAGGCCCUGUUGAGGCCCGGUCGGUUUGAUCGUCAAAUCACCAUUGAUAAACCUGACAUCAGAGGCCGUGAUCAGAUAUUUCAGGUCUAUUUAAAGAAGAUUAAACUUGAUAAUGAACCAUCAUUUUACUCUCAGAGACUGGCAGCCCUCACUCCUGGAUUUGCUGGAGCUGACAUUGCAAACGUUUGUAAUGAAGCUGCUCUAAUUGCUGCCAGGAAUGAGCAAUCACAGGUCACGAUGGAGCAUUUUGAGUCAGCUAUAGAUCGUAUCAUUGGUGGUUUGGAAAAGAAAAACAAGGUAAUCAGCAAGCUGGAACGCCGGACCGUUGCUUACCAUGAAUCGGGGCAUGCGGUUGCUGGAUGGUUUUUGGAGCAUGCAGAGCCCCUACUUAAAGUCACAAUUGUUCCCCGUGGGACUGCAGCUUUGGGAUUUGCUCAAUAUGUUCCUAACGAGAACCUCCUGAUGACCAAAGAACAGCUCUUUGACAUGACAUGCAUGACUCUAGGCGGACGAGCAGCUGAACAGGUCCUGAUAGGGAAGAUCUCGACCGGAGCUCAGAAUGACUUGGAGAAAGUGACCAAGAUGACGUAUGCCCAAGUAGCGGUUUAUGGUUUCAGCGACAAGGUUGGGCUCCUCUCCUUCCCCCAGAGGGAGGAUGGCUUUGAGAUGACCAAGCCCUACAGCAGCAAGACCGGCGCGAUAAUCGACAGUGAGGUGAGGGAAUGGGUCGGCAAGGCCUAUGAUCGGACAGUGCAGCUGAUUGAGGAGCACAAGGAGCAUGUCGCACAGAUUGCGGAGCUGCUGCUUGAGAAGGAGGUCCUGCACCAGGAAGACUUGCUCCGGGUCCUGGGAGAGCGGCCGUUCAAGUCAAGCGAGCCCACGAACUAUGACAGGUUCAAGCAAGGGUUUCAAGAGGAGAGCGAGCAGGUUGGACAGCCAUCGGAGGGUGGGACUGUGGAUGAUGAUGAUACAUCGACGCCAUCACCACUCGGGCCGGUGGUGGUCCCCACAUAGCCAAAAGACAGGUUUAUGUUUUUGUAUAUGAGAUGGAGAUGAGAAAAUUCACCCUUUUUGUUUGCGCAAACUAAUUGUGUACAAAUCAACAUUCACAUUGCUACAAGUGUUUAUUUGUUCUAAAAUAGUGCUUAGAAUAAGUCAUUUAA